AUGUUGGAACAAGGUCACUUUUAUUUGUUCCUAGACAAGCUCAAUCAAUACCAUCUGGCCGGCGACAUCACCCCACUCUUCAUUUCUGAUCGCACCUUUGAACUGAUCUGCAAGCAUGUACCCACUGAACAAGCCUUCAAUCAGGUGACCAACAUACUGGGCGAACAUCUCUUCCACACGCCAGCAUGUGUGUCUUACCUGUCGCGUCUGGGCAGCAUCGACCUGCUCAAAGAGAUGCAGGACAAGUGUGUGUCGCGCUUCUCCUCCUCGCACGUUCAAGCAGAGAUGCAGCGACGUGUAGAGUGCGCAAUGGACAGCGACAAUCUCGAGUUGGCCGAGUAUCUAAUGAGUGGCGAGCAGGCCUACGCCAUGUCCACCGAUUGUGUGCGAAAGCUGGCCGCCAAGCGAUCACCAGAGUGGCUGGCUCUCUUUGCACAGACCGUUCGAAUGUUGUCAACUGAUCAGACCAAGGGUGCACUGGGAUCGGGCUCAAUCGAGCAUGUCAAGAUCGUAUUCAAGGAGUGCCCGUUGCUGCAUACGCGCAAGCUAGUGUUUGAGGAACUUGUAUACAACACGUACGAGGUCGCGCAGUAUGUCGUUCGCUACUUGGAGGAGCGUGGACAGAUCAUGCCCUACACGACUAAGGAGAUCGAGAAUGUUGGCCGCAUGAAGGACCCUCGAGUAUACAGUCUGAUGAUACAUGGACGCGCAGAGUACCUGGGCAAGACCAACCUCAGGUGGGUCUUUGACAAGGAGUUGCGCAGUGCAAUAGAGUUGCGCAACCCUCCACUCGUCAACACGAUCAUCAUGGAGAUGGGACGCUGUGGCUUCACUGCCGAGAUCUCAUUGCUCAUCACGGUGUUGCAGCGUCUGACCUACAGCAACACGCGUUACAACCCAGACCCGUCGCAGCACACACAGAUAGCCAUCUUCCGCGACUUGGAGCACGCGUGCAUAGAGUCGGGCAAGUUGUUGAACGACUCUAGCGCAUUACUCUAUCGACAGUGCUUCCAGACGGCUAUUGGACAGGGCAACAUUCAGUUCUUGGAGUUCAUCAAGCAUCGCUUCACACCAGCGGCCCUACACGAAGGGCUGUUCACAUGGCUCGACAACUUCCACAUUCCCAUUUGCACGUUGAGAUGGAUGAUCGAGAAUAGUAUCAAUGCCCGCAAUGAGCUGCUAAUGGACUAUGAGUGGCUGGUCGAGUGGCUGUGCACGAGUGGUCAUCCAUGGUCCAAGUGUCUCAACCUGGAUGAACCAUUACAACAGAUAAUCAAACAUCCAUUGUGUCAUUCACUCUAUGAGCGCGUGUGCUCGGUACCCUGGCUCAAACUCAAGGUCGACAAAUAUGGACUGGACAACAAGUCCACAAUCAUGGCAAAGAUUGAUCAAUAUCCACUUGGUGACAUAUAUAUAAUUGAUCUUCUGUCUCGAUCAUUACUUAUGCGCAAGGAUACAAUGCUGGAUCGAUCGGUAUACUUGGAGAACAUGAUGUCCAACGUUACAGAGGUGAUCAAACGUGUGAAGAACUGGUCACCAUAUAUGAUCAAGAAGUUACGUGGAGAUUCAUUGGCAUUGCUACACGAGAUCUGUGGCAAGGAUGUACUCACAGAGUCAUUGGCAUUUAAAUGUAUUGAUGAGGGCAACUUCUCAGCCUUCAAGUAUUACAUUGAUCAUGUUGGUGAUGUCACCCCAAAACAACUCAAUCUAUUCUUGGCACAAGCAAACAAAGGAAGUUGCAACUCAAUCAUGCAAUUGAUAAUACAUAUCCAAAAGAAUGGAAUCAAUAACAAUCAAUCUGGAUCGCAAUCAUCCUCAUUAUCAUCAUUAUCAUCAUCACUCAACAAGCUUGGUAUUACAGACCAGGCGCCAGUGUCCACGCCAUCUGGAUAA